CUGGCCCUGCAAAAUUUUUUUUCCGAAUUCCACGAACGCGAACUGGGAGUGGCGUCCUUCAGCGCCUGUUUUCGUUGUUCUGUACCGAAAGCUCGCGGCAUAGUUCGCUGGUAUCGCUCGCAGCGAUGAGUUCGAGAAAUCCGAUGCUAGAUUUAACGUACGAUAUUGACGGAGUGAAAGUAACGGACUUGCCUGACCGAAAUGAAGUGUCGCACGGCUUGCAGCUGCAAGCUCAGCGCGACCAGGAUCAAUUACAGUUGCAGCAACGCGAACAGCUGCAACUGAUGCAACGCGAGCAAUUGCAGCGGGACCACGUGUCCACUCAACAGCUGCAGCAACGGGAGAGGGACCAGUUGCAGUAUCAGCAACGUGACAGGGAACAAGUAAAUCGUGACAAACUGCAGCAGCAACGCGAUUGCGAUCGUGAACGGGAGGAACUGCAUCAGUUGCAAUCGAUCAGCAACUUGUUACUAGACUUGCCGUCACCGCCGAGCUUCCAAGGAUACUCGCACGACGUAUCCUGCACACAACCGAAUAAAAGGAACAAUAGCGAUGGAGACAUGUCCAUCUCUGAUUUAUUCGGAUUGGGCUUACCACGAGGCUCGUUAAUGGCUAGUCAAUCAACUGCUGGAUCUACUGGUUAUCGUAAUUAUCAGUAUCAGAAGAGCAAUCAGGGAUCCUCUCAGCAUUAUCAGUACGAUGAUAGAAACGGGAUGCGCUCGAAUACGUCGAUGUUGGACAUUCCGAGCUCGCCGAGCUCUGUUACCACGCCCGGCAGCCCCAGUAGUUUGUACUCUAGUCCGUACUCGUACUCGUCUACGAGCAGCAAUUAUCAGACAGCAUCCUCGCCAACGAGUCGAGGAUCUAUCCCGCACGCGGGUUCUCCGACGUCACCUAUUCAUUCGCCCUAUUAUGGGAGACCUAUCCGUGGGUCACCGCCUUACAGCGAUUGCAGUAGUCCCACGUUUGAAUAUUCUCACACGGUGGGAUGUAACGGUUCGAGAUCAAAUUCACCGGCAGAUUCGGAGACGAGCGGCAUUAGUAGCAUGGAUGGUUCGCUGUCCGAUAUAAUGAAUUGUUUAUCGUUGAACUCCUCGUCGUACGGAUGUUACCCUCAACAGCUGGGUUCGCUGAUGUCGCCGGAGGUGGAUUUAUGCACUAAUAAUAGGGCAGCUGCGAUUCAACGAAUGGUGGUGAAAAAGUAUUUAGCUUCGCCGUACCAAAAUUCAUCGACGUCACAUAAUCAUCACACGCACAGGCAUAAUCGCAGUCACCACUAUGGCUCGAAUCAAAAUGGUAGUUUUCUGAAUUCUGUUUUAUCGCGCGAGAAAAAUUGUUGUUCCACUGCGAAUCACGUGACAUUGAAUUCACCAACGAUGAACAUUUUGGAUCCGCAAAUCUCUCUUGAGCGUGUGGCGCGAUUUCAUCGAAGUGCUGCUGCGCUUUGCGAUCCAACUUGUACUUGGAGCGGUAUACUGCCGCAACGCACUCAAAAACCAUCAGGAUAUUCGUCCAAGGUAUUCCUCGGUGGUGUACCUUGGGAUAUUACCGAAUCCCUUUUAGUCGCAACUUUCAAGCAAUUCGGCCAGAUACGAGUAGAAUGGCCGGGAAAAGAUCAAUUUGCUACGCAACCAAAAGGAUACGUAUAUAUCAUAUUUGAGUCCGAAAGACAGGUGAGAACUCUAUUGGCGUAUUGUACACACGACUUUACUAAUGGCGGUAGCUGGUACUAUAAGAUAUCAUCUAAACGUAUGAAGUCAAAACAGGUACAAGUAAUACCUUGGAUCCUCGAAGAUAGUAAUUAUGUAAAGUCUUCGUCUCAGAAGCUUGAUCCCCACAAAACAGUAUUUGUCGGCGCGCUUCAUGGCAUGCUGACUGCUAGCGGUUUAGCAAACAUAAUGGAUGAUUUAUUCCGUGGAGUUAUUUAUGCAGGCAUAGAUACCGACAAACACAAGUACCCGAUAGGAUCCGGUCGUGUAACAUUCAGUACAAAACAAUCAUAUAUGAAAGCAGUUUCAGCUGCUUUUAUAGAAAUAAAAACUGCCAAGUUUACGAAAAAGGUACAAGUAGACCCGUAUCUAGAAGAUUCUAUGUGUUCCGGAUGUUCCGUGCAACAAGGACCGUAUUUUUGUCGCGAAGUGAUGUGCUUUCGGUACUUCUGUCGCAGCUGUUGGCUAUGGCAGCACUCUAUGGAAUCUAUGUGGUAUCACAAACCAUUGAUGCGCAAUUCUAAAACGAAUCACGUCGUCGGAUUAUCGCCACCAGUAAAUCCCGGAUCUCGUGGAAUGUUCAACCCCACGAUUUAAGUACAACUACCUAUCGAGCUUCUCUUUCACGAUCAAGUUCAUUUUUUUUUUUUUUUACUAUUUGUUUUUGCACAGACGUUGCACCAACUGACUUACUGACAGAGUGCAAACUUAGUUUUUAUCGCAGGGCUGCAAGCAGCUGGGUUGACGAUAUGUAUAAAUACCGGAUAUACCAGCUGAUCGGCAAAUGCAACGAUUUGUUUAUUAUCGUUAUUCCUACGUACGUCCGCGGUACAGAGAGACUAAUUGAAAGAUAAGAAAAUCGUGUUCCAUGAAGAGUUCCUAUUUCGAACCCGGUCACCACCGCGUUCAACAAAUUACUUUUAUUUAGUGUAUUUACUUAGGGACUGGUUCUCUUGUUGAUCGUUUUAUUGCGAUAAAUAUAAUUACGAGUUGUGUGAUUAGGUAACACGGCACAUUAAUACAGCAGUUGUGGGUUACGCGAGUUCGCAUUUACAUUCAAUUCGAAUGAGCUCAAUUGUGGCUUUUAUAGUGACAAUAAUUUUUAUGCGAUAAAAUGGGAAGCCACUCGACUGCUAUAAAGAGAGAAACUGGCUAAGUUUAUCGUGUUCACAUAUUCAUCAAACAUAAUGAGCCGCUAUAAUAAUCCAUCGGCGAAAUAUUACGCUUAACCGUAAAUUAUUCUACAAAAUUAGAUUACUAUAGUCUUCUAACGGCAGGGAGGUUUAAUAAUUCUAUUAUUAUUAUUUUGCGCGAAGAAGAUUGUUUAAUUUCGUGUAACAGGAACGAUGACUUUCUACGAGGUACUAGCCAGCCAUUAGGCCGUUCUUCCAUUUCGACGCUUGUCGGUGAUAUUUCCUAUCGUUGUAGUUUUACGUUAGAUUGUACAGUGUAAGAAUAAUGCCAAAAAUGGCCACUGUAACCAUAACCUAUAUUCUUGGUCAAAACGGUAAGCCUUUUGCGAGUUUUCGUUUACAGGGACUGUUUAACUGUUGACGAAACGGAGAAGUACACGGUCUACGAUUCUGGUGCGGAUUGUAGUAAAUUGAUUCUGUUUUUAUUUUUUGUUACGAUAUUAUGUUAUGUAUUUUCUUUGAACAAGAUUUCGUAAUAUUACUUCUAAUCGAGUUUCGGAUGUUUUGAUAUCAUUUUGUUGAGUGAAUUAAAAAUCAUAUUUUUGCAGAUAGA